AUGCUUUUGUCUGAUAAUUACUUGAAGUCCUAUAUGAAAGAUGAUUUCUCCUUUGAAGCUCCUUCAUCAAAGGGUUUCUUGCAAGAUUUUCACCAUCUUGAUCAGUUUCAAACUAUUGGGUCUUCAUCAAAUCCCAUCUUUGGGGUGCAAACUCAGUGUUAUGAUACAUUGAAUAACAAUUUGGCAUAUGGGUGCACCUCAACUAAUUUUGAUAUUUACGAGUGUAAGCCAUUUAUGGAUAAUGGUGGGCAUGGUCAUGUUAUGGACAAUUUCGAGAGUGGAGGAUACUUGAAUCUCCCUCAGAGAAAUCCCAUUGAUAUUAUGGGAUCAGAUCGGAGUCACGUGGUCUUUACUAGCCAAGACAUAAUAAAACCUCUGAAUUUUGUUGUACCAGAUGAAGUCUCAUGCAUAACAGCGGAAAAUGGGUACUACAAAAAAAUUGGCAUGAACAAAAAUAGAGCAUUGCCAACAACUAAAAAACCACAAAAAGGUCGUAAGAAAUCUAAUGUUGUUAAGGGUCAAUGGACAGUUGAAGAAGACAGGCUUUUGAUUCAACUGGUUAAGCAAUAUGGAGUGAGAAAAUGGUCUUAUAUUGCUCAAAUGUUGCCUGGGAGGAUAGGAAAGCAGUGCCGAGAGAGAUGGCAUAACCAUCUUAGACCAGACAUCAAGAAGGAUACAUGGAGUGAAGAGGAAGAUAAGGUACUAAUUCAGGCCCAUGCAGAGAUUGGAAAUAAAUGGGCAGAGAUUGCAAAGAGGUUGCCUGGGAGAACUGAAAACUCCAUCAAGAACCAUUGGAAUGCAACCAAAAGAAGGCAAUACUCGAAACGAAAAUGUCGUUCAAAGUACCCUAGAGGCUCUCUUCUACAAGAAUACAUCAAGGGCUUGAACUUGGACCCAUCAAACAUGGUGCAAAAUAGAAGAAAAACUUCUUCUAGUAAUGCCAUAGCCAAUAACACCACCAUUAAAACACCAACUCAGCUGCCACAGUCCACCGAUCAGUUUUGCCCUAAUGCUCGGUUGGUUCCAAACUAUGAUUUCAAUGAGGUUCCGGACUUUUGUUUCGACGAAAACAUGUUUCAGGAGAGCUGUAGUAUCGAUUCUCUUCUUGAUGACAUACCUAAUAGUCCUCCAGUAGUUGUGGAUGAGAAUGACUUUGUCAUGGAUAUUCCAGUUGAUAUGACUCCAGUGGUAGAUUGUGAUGUGAAGAAGGAGCUGGAUUUGGUGGAGAUGAUGUCUCAAGUUAAUGAAGCCAAAUGUGUAAGCCCUUAG